AUGACAGACAAAUGUCGUGAAAUCCCAUGGGCUACUGCUGUGUUGAACAGCUACGGUGGAAACCUGCACUAUUUCGUCUAUUACGUACCAAUGGAGCAGGGAAAUAGUGUACCAGUUGCUGAUUUGGUUAUUGAGGUAGACACAUUUUCUAAAAUUUUUAAUUCCACAGAAGAAAUUGUUUUUCCGAGGACUUCUGUUAGAGAAGGCUCUGGUUGGUAUAAUUCUGUGACAAGAACACCAGCGGACAAAGCCGACAUGCUUAGAGCUUUAGCUGGUGUGGAUCGUUUUCUAGUAAGAGCUAUGUAUCAGCAACAGCAAUUACAAAGCAGCAUUUUCGGCCUUACCCUCGACACAGCAGUUCCUCCACCUGAAGGAAGUCCUAUUGAGAAUGAUGAAGAUGUGCUGCAUCCUGCACUUCCGGAUACUCGAAUGCGAGGAGUAGAAGUAUGCGAAUGCCCAGAGAAUUUUGCUGGUAACAGUUGUGAGGUAUGCUUUAAACCAUUUAACUAUAAUUUAAAGCCAAAUUUGACUAGAAUUAUGACUAAAUGCUAAAA